AUGUCACAUUCUCAACCUAUUAUAUUUAAUAAUGAAUGGUCAAUUAGUACGACGCAUGGUUCAAUAUUAUCAUCGGAAGGGUCAAUACGUCAAGAAUAUGAACAAGAUUUAAAAACAACUCAUCUACCCGAAAUGAUAUUCGAUAAAACAACAUUAAAAAUAAUUCAUUUAGAGAAUAAUUUUGAAAUUCGAUUCAAUGCAUUCGAUGCAUUGAAAUCUAUUGAUAUGUAUAAUAAUCUAGAACAUGUUCCUAAAGUAUCAAUGAGUGACGUGUGGACAAAAUCGCGUAGUAAAGAUAGAGAAUUGGAUUAUGUUAAACCGUAUGAUUGGACAUAUACAACGAAAUAUAAAGGGACUCUAUGUUCGUCGGGUGCUAGUAGUUGGCGUAUUGAAUCAACAAAUCAACAGCUUGACUUAGAAAAACUCAAACGUCAAGAACCAAUAUUAUUCUAUGAUGAAUUAACACUUUAUGAAGAUGAACUGGCCGAUAAUGGUACAUCAAAUUUAACAUUGAAAAUACGUUGCAUGCCUAGCGGAUUUUUCAUUCUACUUCGAUUUUUCAUGCGCGUCGAUGGUGUAUUGGCUCGAUGUUUCGAUACUCGUUAUCAUUAUGAAGUUGGAAAGAACUAUGUAUUACGAGAAUAUGUUGAACGUGAAUCACCGAUAUCAUCACUUAAACCAGAAUUUCAAUCAACGUCAGAUGACAAUGCAGUUAUAGCAGAAUUGAAAACCAAUUUACAACAAUUAGAAAAACUUUUUUUUAAAGAAUCUAUUUGA